AUGUCAUAAUAUGGAGAAUAAAAUGAAUCACACUCUAUAAUAGAGUUACUUGCUUAUAGCUAAUCUAAUUAGUCACUCCAAAUAAAAAUUGCUAAAUUGAUAUUUGUUUAAAAUGACUCAUUUGUUUUCCAAAGUCAAAUCGAAAAUAGCUUAAUAUUCAAAACUUAUAAUCUAAAAGUUUAAAAAGAUUUAAUAUAAAUUAUGGAUUAAAAUAGUGAUACUAUAAAAUGUCCAAUUUCAGAUCAUACCAACGAUGUAAAACUAGUAUGCUUUAAUGAAUUUUGUAAAGCACAUAAACUAUAUUGCAUGUAAUGUAUGAGAAUUGGAGUCCAUGUUUCUCAUCUUUAAUAUUAAUAAGAGUUAUCAAUUUUAUUUGAACAUAUUGAAAGUAUUGAAAAAGAAUGUGAGGAUUUAAUUACCAAAUUAAAUCAAUAAAUGAUUUGGCUUAUCAAUACUUCUAUCUUGUAAUUAGAGGAAUCAGAUCGAAAUACCAGAGAUCUAAACAAUAAUUCCUUAAUUUAGAUUCCAAUUAAAAAAAUUCUUUCUUUUUCAGAGAGUAUCAAAUUCAAAUAAUAUGAAUAAAACGUCUAAAUACAAAUCGAAAAAUCCAUAACAGAUUUUCAAGAUUAAAUGGAAAAAUUAUUAAGUGAUUUAAAAUUAUCUGAAUUAAAUUAUUAUCAAAUAUCUAAUCUAAUUAUUAAUAAAUCAGAAGAGCUCUAUAAAAAAGGCUAUAAACUAAAUUGUAAUGAUAAAUAUGAAGAGGCAAUUUAAGUCGUUGAUCAAGCAUUAAAUUUUAAUCCAAAACCUAAAUUAUCAUUAUGGUGUAAAGCUUCAAUUUUAAAAUAGCUUGGUUAAUAUAAUGAAGCAAUCAUUUGGGCAGAUAAAGCAUCGCAAGUAGAUCCAAAAGAUUCAUAUAUUAUAUUUACUAAAGGUACUCUUGUUUUAUAAUUUGAAGGUAAUUCUUUAUUAUCCUAAAGAAUUUAAAAGUUUAAGAGUUUUGAAAGAGUAUGA